AUGGUGCGCGGCCGGGAGCCGAGGAGCUCGCAGCGUCGGGCCCCGGGCGAGGCCGCGCGGGCGGCGGGGCACCUCGCUGUCCGCGGGGAGCCGGGCGCCUGCGGCCGCGGCCCGGGCCCAGGAGGAGGCGGCGCCGCCCGCGCCCCCCGCCCGCCCGCCCGCCCGCGAGCGCGCGUGAGCGAGGCCGCUCCCCUUUGUCUGCGAUCGGCCACACGGGCGGGGGGUGGCGGCUGGAAGCGCCCGGAAUGUCCGGGGGGGGCUCAACAAUCGCGCCGGGGACGAGGUCCGGCCAUCGCGAGGCCUCCGCUCCCUCCGGCAGGCCCCGGGCGGAGGGGCGCGGGCGGGGGCGGCCGCCGGAGACGACGCUCCGGAAACGUCAAAAUCACUGCGGCGGGCCCUCCUCCGCGCUGCCCGCCGCCGCCUGCCGCGUCUUCCGCCCCGCGAGACGCCGCCGAUCCCAGGCGCUCGGUGGCUUAUCACUUAUGCCCUCAUAGUUUCUCUCCCCGCGGCCGCCCGAUUCGCUCGCUCCCCCUCGACCGCCGCCGCCGCCGCCGCUGCGGUUUUCCAGCUGCGGCACUGGACCGACCGCAGGGAUUCCGGCUCCGCCCAGCCUCGCUCCCGCCCCGGCCACGCCCCGCCCCGCCCCCGGCCACGCCCCCGCCCGUCUCGCUCCGGAUCUCCGCUCCGCGGCCCGGCACACUGAGCAUGCCCAGCCUCGCUCCCGCCUCCGACCACGCCCCCGCCCCGCCCUCGGCCACACCCCCGUCUCGCUCCGGAUAG